AUGACCGGCUCCACCCUUCCCCGAAUUGCUUGUUUCCAUGGCGGAGGCUCCAACGCCGCCAUCUACAAGUUCCAAUGCGAACAGCUCGCCCACCUGCUCAAAAACGAGUUCCAGUUCGUCUUUUUCAACGGUCCUUUCGAGCGUGGUCCCGGUCCAGGUGUCCUACCGGUGUUUGUCAACUACGCGCCGUUCAAGUCGUGGUUUACACAGGAUGAUCAGGGUGUUGACCGAGCCGACGGCAGCGGCUUCGAUGAAGCGCGCACCGAUGGGAUAGAGCGGGUAUGGCGGAUGAUGGAGGACGCAGGUCCUGGUGGCGAAUGGGUUGCGGUGAUGGGAUUCAGCCAAGGGUCAAGGAUGGCAGGAGGGUUGUUACUGGAUCAGCAGCGCAGAGAAAGACUAAAGAUCCCAAAGAAGACGGAUAUCGAGUUGAAGUUCGGCGUGCUGUGCAUGGGAGGGGGCGCACCGAUGGAGUCGGAUGCGGUCGAAGACAUACCAGAAUCGCCCAUCGAGCGCAUUAGCUUACCUACACUACACGUCCAUGGACUCAAAGAUCCGUUUCUCUCGUUGGGUCAGCGGCAGCUAGAAACUCAUUAUGAUCCCACCACCGCGACACUCUACCAAGUGGAUUACCAUCAUGCGAUGCCGUGGGUGCGAGAGGAAGUGCAGCAGCUGGCAAAACACAUUCGAACUAUUCAUAAGGACACUACAAGUCCGUGA